GGAAACUGUGGUUACCAUGGUUACUGAGGGACAUAUCUCACCCCAUCUGAUGUGAGCUGCAGGCGGGGCAGAUCACACAUGAAAGGGUUCGAUAAGAGAGAAUAAAGUCAGAUUUCUUCUGUGACGAGUAACACAAUGAGAGUUCGCUCAGAGUUCACAUCAACAUGAACAGCAGCAGCAGCGCAGCUUCGAGACGGAUGGAGCCCACCAUCCCCGCCGUCAUGUUCAUUUUUGGGGUCAUCAGUAACCUGAUCGCCAUCGUCGUGCUCUGUAAGUCGCGCCGGGAGCAGAAGGACACCACCUUCUACACGUUGGUGUGCGGGCUGGCGGUCACCGAUCUGUUGGGGACCGUCCUCGCGAGCCCGGUGACCAUCGCCACGUACAUGAAGGGUGCGUGGCCGGACGGAGAGCCGCUGUGUCAGUACUUCGGCUUCGUGCUGCUCUUCUUUUCUCUAGCCGGACUGAGCAUCAUAUGUGCCAUGUCGAUCGAGAGAUACGUCGCCAUCAAUCACGCGUAUUACUACAACGAUUACGCGGACAAGAGACUCGCGGGGGUCGCGCUCGUGGCCAUUUACGCAUCGGACGCGCUCUUUUGCGCACUGCCGGGUGUCGGUUUUGGAGAGGUGAAGAUGCAGUACCCGCAGACCUGGUGCUUCAUCGACUGGAGGACUAAUGUCACCGCACACGCGGCUUUCUCUUACAUGUACGCCGGCUUCAGUUCGGUUCUGGUUCUGGUGACGGUGGUCUGUAACGUUCUGGUGUGUUGCGCUCUGAUCCGGAUGCACCUGCGCUUCGUCAGACGCACUUCUCUCGGCGCCGACGCGUCUGAUCCCGGCAGGAACCGAAACUUUGGUCGUCUCGCUGGUGCUGAGGUGCAGAUGGUGAUUCUGCUCAUCGCCACAUCGGCUGUGGUGCUCAUUUGUUCCAUUCCUCUGGUCGUCCAAGUGUUUCUCAACCAGAUUUACAAGACGCCGGUGGAGAAACAGCUGGAGAAAAAUCCAGAUCUAUUGGCCAUCCGGUUCGCCUCAACCAACCCCAUUCUGGAUCCUUGGAUCUAUAUUCUGCUGCGAAAAGCACUUCUCUCGAAGGUGAUCCAGAACAUCAAGUGUCUUUUCUGCAAGACGGGAUCUCAACAGAGUCAAAGCGGCUUCCAGUGGAGAGACAGACGGCAGGUGUCCUCCAGAGAUCCUCCAUCUGACGUGCCCCAAGAACUUAGAGACGUCACGAGUACAUCGCAGAUGGGACUGUGUUUACCUGAGAGACCUCUGGACACCUGUCCAUCAUCUGAAGUUUCUUCUCAGAGUGGUUUGAAGAAGGAGACAGAGAGUCACAGAGUGAACUCUGAAUGCACCUUACAAACGACUGUAACCAGUGAGUGUUUUCAAGAGAAGAGUAUUUAACAUCUUUGAUCUGUGCAACAUGUAAACUAAACCUGUGUCUGUCAUUACAGAUAAAGUUCAUGAUCACUAAAGAACCUGUUUUUUAUUUAAGUGAAAUAGUGCUUCUUUAACCGUUACGUUUCAAGGAUUCGUUGGACCAGUCAGGUAGAGUUUAUCGAAUGCUGAAAACAUCUCUGACUGCAUGUUUGUUUUGGUCAAGAUCGAAACAACGCUGGAGGAAAUAACCUAGCUUCAAUGUUUUUGUAAAGGAUUUCCCCCAGAAUCACAGAAUGUUAAAUGAUGGAUUUAAUGAUGCUCAAACUUCAUGAAGGAUUAACUCUAUUUAAAAACAGCGAGAAACUGACAGAAUCAUUCAAGUUGAGUGAAAGGAAUUCUUUAUGAUGUAAAUUCAGAGCGGUUACGUGUUGUUUUUGGUUCUGAGUCGCUGAUGUUUGUAUAUCAGUUUUCAUGGAAAUGAGUUAAAAUGUCUCUUGGGGCCAGAAAAGAACUGUGAGAGAGCGAGACUGAGCGGAUCUGACAACCUUCAUGACAUUUCAGAAACAUUCUCAAUGACCAGCAAACUGUUUAAAAACAAACCCGUGACAAUGAAACUGUUCCCAUGAAAUUGAGGUUAAUGACAACACUAAGCCUCGUUUACAUCAGUUAGAUCAAAACAAAGACCUCAUUUCCAUGCGUUAAACUUAGGAUAUUAUGUGCAAACAAGCACAAAAACAAUAUAGUUAUAUUUAAAACAAACUGUGGAUGUUAUUCAAAAUGUUGACAGAUGCCCCUGUAAGCUGAAGUUUCUGAUGCAAUGAACAGUGUGUGAAAAACAAACAUGAUUAAAGUUGAUCUUUCAAUGGAAAUUAAAAUAAACAAAGUUAACUUUUAAUAAUGAGGGAUUCUUGUCAUCGUUAAAUUUAUUUGUUUAAAAUGUAAUUUUAUGUUAUCAAAAGCCUUUAACUGUCGUUCCACGUGUUCUCUAUUGACUCUAAAUGUUUUUGUGAACGCUCAUAUCCUAAAUGUUCUGUACAUUCCAAAUAUUUAAAGAAUACAUGAACAGCUAUUUUCUGUCGCAUCAACUUAAAUUAGUGUGAAUUAUCCAUAAUGUCUCCAUUAAUGCUCCAGUGUUUGUUUGUAAACUCUGUAUUAUCUAAGAUUCAGUAAUUCAGUAAACAAACGUGUCAUCCGUGGAAAAAUGUCUCUAGAACAGCAAAGGCUCGUCUCCUUUAUUUAUUUGUAUUCAUUUGAUGUGUUUUGCUGUCGUGAUCUCAUGGAAAACU